UAUUUUUAUUUAUAUUUUUAUAUAUGGAUCUGUCUCCAAAAUUGUAACCAUUGUAAUUGCAAAGUUUCUCGACAAGAGCAGAAUCGAAGCACGCCAAUAUUGAACUGAAACCCGUCGUUCGUUCAGGUUCCGCUAUGUCGAUGGUGCCUUCCACUGCUGCCGUCUCCGCUUCAUCAUCAUCCCAAUAUACUUACGCAGCGCCCACGUCCUCCGCCUCCUAUUUUCCGACGCCGUUCCACCUCCAACAAACUCCAGCGCCUGUCCCGUACAUUGGCGCCGCUCCUCCGCCACCUGUCCCAUCUGUGGCUCUACCUGUUUAUCCUGCUCCCCCAACCGUUUACUCGUUGCCCCAAUAUCAACAGGCCCAGCAGUUGUUUCAGAGAGAUGCACAAACCAUAACUCCAGAAGCUCUGGAGAGUGUGAAAGCUGCUCUUGCGAGCAGUGAGAUUGAGCACAAAGCAGGGACUAAAAAGAAGGCAAUUCCUCGGAAAGCUGCAGGACAAUCUUGGGAGGAUCCUACUCUUGCUUGCAGAGUGGCCUGAGACUAUGAUUCUCUCUCUCUCUCUCAUGUUCCAAAAGAAACAAAUGAAAUGAAUACUACAACAUAGACAAGGAGUAAAUAAUUCCUCUACUGGAGAACAUGAAAAGAGAAUCUUGGUCUACGCAAGUGUAUAAAUGAGGUUCAGACCAUUUGCACAGCGGUCAUUGUAAUGAUUCCCAUCAUGUAAGGCCAAUGACAAGCUGAGGAACUUACACCGACCAAUAAAGAUUAGAUGCCCAGCCUUGUACACCCCUUUCUCAUUACAGCCCAAGCUCAGGCGGGAUAUGGCCUACAAGGGGGAACGCCAAAUGACCAUCUUCUUUUUUGUGGUGAUCUAGGAAAUGAGGUGAAUGAUGAUGUUCUAUCAAAAGCAUUCACAAGAUUUCCUUCCUUUAACAUGGCCAGAAUCGUGAGAGAUAAGCGGACUGGCAAAACCAAGGGCUAUGGAUUUGUUAGUUUUUCCAACCCUUCAGACCUUGCAGCAGCACUUAAAGAAAUGAAUGAACCAGUCUCAAAAGAAGAUGAAGCUUCGAAAAAAGAGCGUGUUGCACAAAUGACAGAUGUCAACGGCAAUGUUGAUCAAGGUCAUGAAGAACAGCUCAAUUUGAAGAUCUGGUUGUGUUAUUGUUUGGGGGUUUUGGGGGGGGGGGGGGGGGGGGGGACUAUAGAACUUGUUUUGGCUUUAUUGUUGCGAGACUGCAGUGAAUCGUAA